AGGGGAUGGAGUCCGGAGAGACCCGGCGGUUGGUGGAGGAGGAGCGCGGCGGCAGGCAGCUCAGGAUCAAGAGUCUUUUCAAAGGCACCAAGGACCUGUUCCCAGAUUUUAAUUUCCAGAAUGGCGGCUCGGACGUGUCCAUCGAGCUGGAGAGACAGGUUUCCCAGCACUGCCAUGGGGCGGCCAUCUCAUCUGCGGACACCCAGCAGAAGCUACAGGCCCAGAGGAAGCUGUACGUCGCCUGCGCAGUCUGUUUUAUUUUCAUGAUCGGGGAAGUUGUAGGAGGGUAUCUGGCUCACAGCCUGGCCAUCAUGACGGACGCUGCCCAUCUUCUAACGGACCUGGGCAGUAUGUGCGUCAGCAUCUUCUCCCUGUGGAUCUCAACCCGACCACCGACUAAAAGAAUGACGUUUGGGUGGCACCGCUCAGAGAUUCUUGGCGCUCUGGCCUCGGUUCUUUCCAUCUGGAUCGUGACCGGGGUACUGGUCUAUCUGGCCACGGCUCGGAUUAUCAACAAUGACUAUGACAUUGACGGCCACGUCAUGCUUAUCACGUCUGGAUGUGCUGUUGGUGUCAACAUCAUCAUGGCCUACAUUCUCCACCAAUCCACCACAUUCCAUGGACACAGCCACGGGUCUGGUUAUGAGAAGAUUGGAGACAGCCCGGCCAGUGGCCUCCAUCUGCAUCUUAUAGGGCCACAUGGGAACACGAGUGUCCGCGCAGCCUUUAUCCAUGUGAUUGGUGACCUGCUGCAGAGCAUCGGGGUCUUGGUGGCAGCCAUUAUCAUCUACUUCAAGCCUCAGUAUAAAAUCGCUGACCCUGUCUGUACGUUCCUGUUCUCCAUCUUUGUUUUGGGAACGACGACCACCAUCCUGCGGGACGUCUUCUGGGUGCUGAUGGAGGGAGCUCCCCGGAGCGUCUCCCACGGCUCGGUGAAGGAGGUGCUGCUGUCGGUUGGGGGUGUCCGCUCGGUUCACAGCCUGCGGCUCUGGGCUCUGACGCUCAGCCAGAACGUGGUAUCCGUCCACCUGGCCAUCGAUGAGAGCUGCGAUGCGGACGUGGUCCUGACGGAAGCCACCGGUCUCCUCCAGAGCAAGUUUGACUUCUACGCCAGCACAAUCCAGGUGGAGAAGUACUUGGAGGACAUGGCGGUUUGUCAGCAAUGCCAGGACCCGGUGGGCUGACGGUAACGCCAAACCUUCGCCAUCCGUUCCCCAGAGACGAACCAGAGAGUGAGACGUCCCGCUUCAGGGGACAGGAAGGGUCCGAGAAAUGCGUCCCUCCCAUGAACCCGAAUACAUGUACUCCGUGCCACUAUAUUACUCUGCCGGUUACUGUAAACACGGUGUCGUCCCCCAUGGGCGAGCGGCUCUUCGGGUGUCUGUGUUUAUUGUGUUCAUUACAGAGUAAAGGGGUAACACAUAAAAUGCCCCCCUGAGACGGUGCUUGGAGCGAGGGGAGGCGGUGAGGGAGCCGUGGAGGGCCACACCACGCAAUCCCACCCGCAAGCAGUGCAGGGAGAGGACUUCCCAAGCACUUUAUUCACAAAGAAUUUUCUUCAUUUAGUGACA